GAGAGAAUGAUCUAGCUCAUAAAAUACACAAAAACUAAAAUAUAGAAUCUUUUGGGGGAAAAAAAGCAAAACUGCAGUAAUUGAGAUCAAAUAAAGCACGCAUAGAAAGGCACGAACCUUGGUCCUUAACGUAUUCAGAGAGUGAGUGGCAAUCGGAGCAGAGUGCAAGACCGCUAAACCCUAGAUCCUCACAUUCUUUAGUGCUGAGCUGCUCUUUUGCUGAGAUCGUCGAUGCCAAUAUCAAAAUCAUCAUCGCUGAUAAAACAACCAUCUUCGCCAUCUCUCUCUGUUUCAUCAACAGAUCAAAGUCUUCGCAGAUCCGACGCUACUCUAACUAAUGUCGCUGCCUUGCUAUGAUCCGAUCCGGUCAAUUCCGGUUUUUUAAGUAUCCGAAAAAGCAAUCUUGGUAUAGAGGAAACCAUCUCCGGUUAUAAAUAAAAAAGUCUUAACCGACGUGAAAAGUGUUAAAACCCCAAUUCACAUUAGCCUGUUGCGAUCUAAAACCUCUAAAACCCUAGAAUCAAAAUCGCCCAUUCGAGAUCGAGAGAGACGAUGGAUCACAUAGCGGCAGCGGAGGAGCAAAUUGUAACGGAGAGGAUUAGAAGAAAACUUGAAGAAGUUAAUGCAACUGCUCAAUCGCAACUCUCUCCUAUUCAAGAUCACAUCAAUUUCACCCUUCAGCAAGCCUAUUUCAAAUGUGCAUACGAGUGCUUUGACAGAAAUAGGAAGCAAGAGGAGAUAGCCAACUGUGUUGAGCACUGCAGUGUUCCAGUUGUCAAUGCUCAACAGCAUUUCGAAGGCGAAAUGUCUCAGUUUCAGGAAAGGAUGAACAGAUCUCUCAUGGUCUGUCAAGACAAAUUUGAGGCUGCAAAGCUCCAUAAGAACAGGGGAGAUGCCGCCAAAGCUAUGGAGAGUUGUGUGAACACAUCCAUUGAGGAUAGUCUCGAUACAUUGCCUCAUAUUGUGCAGAGAAUGAAGACGUCAUUCUCCAUUGCCGACUAAUAAUAAUCCUCUGUUGGGAAAAAGGGGCAUCUUUACUUUUGUCUCUUGCUAAUCAUAUUCAUGCCCUUUCACUAUGACUCAAUAGAUAAACACAAUGGAUGGUAGGAGUUGUGUAGUGGUAAAGUAUAUCAGACCAUAACUUUAUAUAAGAUUAUGAGGAUCUUGAACAACAAGCUUUUCACAGUAUGUGGUAUGAGGAAAAACAAAUCACCAGAUCUGUAUUCAACUGAAAGAUCUUAAAACCAAUGUGUUUCGAAGAGGAAGAAUAGGUAAAGCAAACCUUGUAGUUGUAGUUGUACUUUCUUUAAAGCUGAGGAGCUAAUUGCAGGAACCAAAACGUCAGUCAUAAAUAAUUUUGAAUCGAACCAAACCCCAUCCGAGUUUAUUCGGUUUCAGUUUAUCCUGAAGGGGUGUUUUUUGUCUUGUCG